UAAAGUAUUCAUCUGUGUGGGAUAUUGUGUAAAUCCUGGAAGACUGCAGUAAAGUGGCAAUGUCUCGGGAACCUACCCCACCUCUCGCUGGAGAUAUGUCUGCUGGUCCUAUAGCAGAAAGCUGGUGUUAUACGCAGGUUAAAGUAGUAAAAUUUUCCUACAUGUGGACCAUUAAUAACUUCAGCUUUUGUCGAGAGGAAAUGGGUGAAGUGUUAAAAAGUUCAACAUUUUCAUCGAGCCCUAGUGACAAAAUGAAAUGGUGCCUAAGGGUAAAUCCAAAGGGAUUAGAUGAUGAAAGUAAAGACUACUUGUCCUUAUAUUUGCUUUUAGUCAGCUGCCCAAAAAGUGAAGUUCGAGCAAAAUUCAAAUUUUCCCUUCUAAACGCUAAAAGGGAAGAAACAAAAGCAAUGGAAAGCCAAAGAGCAUAUCGAUUUGUACAAGGGAAAGACUGGGGUUUUAAAAAAUUCAUUCGAAGGGAUUUUUUGCUUGAUGAAGCUAAUGGUCUUUUACCAGAUGACAAACUUACAUUAUUUUGUGAGGUGAGUGUGGUCCAAGAUUCAGUAAAUAUAUCAGGACAUACUAAUACAAAUACUUUGAAGGUGCCUGAAUGUCGACUAGCAGAAGAUUUAGGUAAUCUCUGGGAAAACACAAGAUUUACAGAUUGCAGUUUUUUUGUGAGAGGACAAGAAUUUAAAGCCCAUAAAUCUGUACUUGCAGCUCGAUCCCCGGUUUUUAAUGCAAUGUUUGAACAUGAAAUGGAAGAAAGCAAAAAGAAUCGAGUGGAAAUAAAUGAUCUAGACCCUGAGGUUUUUAAAGAAAUGAUGAGAUUCAUUUACACAGGGAAGGCACCAAACCUUGAUAAAAUGGCUGACAACUUGUUGGCAGCUGCAGACAAAUAUGCACUGGAACGGCUGAAGGUCAUGUGUGAAGAAGCUUUGUGUAGUAACCUCUCGGUAGAAAAUGUUGCUGAUACCCUGGUCCUUGCAGAUUUGCACAGUGCAGAACAGUUGAAAGCACAAGCCAUAGACUUUAUUAAUAGGUGCAGUGUACUUCGACAACUUGGGUGUAAAGAUGGGAAAAACUGGAACAGCAACCAAGCAGCGGACAUAAUGGAAACAUCAGGGUGGAAGUCCAUGAUUCAGUCUCACCCUCAUUUAGUUGCAGAAGCCUUCCGAGCACUGGCAUCUGCACAGUGUCCACAGUUUGGUAUUCCACGCAAACGGCUAAAACAGUCCUGAAAUCUUCCAUGACUGUAGAAAAAUGGAAUUGACUUUUACUCCUCCAGGUCCAGAAGGAUUCUAAUAACAAACCAUAAGCAAGAGUUGUUUCUGUUGUCUUGUCCACAAACAGAAGCUGAAAAAGCAUAUUGCUUGCAAUUCAGGUGGAUAAUUUAUGGUUUAUUCUUCAGCUUUAAAUUAGACUGAUUAUACUCUAAUUCACUUCAAGGCCUUAAAUUAUAUUCAAUGACUUCUCUUGUUCAUAUAAUACUUUAAUUUUUUUAUUGUGCCUUGUCAUUUUGACUAAGGCUAUGCAGGAUUGCACUAGCUCCAUAAUGCAGUAAUAUUGAUAACUGAAGAUAUUAAGUUUCAAAAGGAUCUUCCAUUAGUUUGAGAAAAGCAAAAUGAAUUUUAUAGGGUUUGUCCUACGCUAUCUGAAAGUUUAAAAUUAGGUUCUUCUUAAAAGCACUCACAUUGGAGAUUACUGAUAAUGUCUCCAGUCUAAGUCCCAUAAAUAUAGGAGAACCUGCUUACCUUCAAAGUAAGUUACGGCAAUACACUGCUUCAAUUCUAAUUUAUUUUUCAUUUCAGGGGGCAAAUAUGCAAUGAGUUGGCCCAAAUUUUUAGUAAAAUUUGGAUGUUUUCCUGUGUGUUGACUGUCCAACAAACUAAGAGAAGCAUAACAAACCUUUGCUUGUGUUUCUUUGUGGGUUUGUUCAAGUUUACAAUGACUGAGAACUGAUUGAGGUUAAGAUUUCAAUAAAAAGAAAGCAUGUUUUGUGCUGAAUUAAUUUUUUUUAAUUUAUAGUGACCUACAUUUAUAUGAAGAAUUCUGUCCAUGUUGAAAGUAAGGAUGACCAAAUGUAAAUUUAAUGAGUGGGCCAAUUAAGAAAGAUAUAUAUGCACUUUCAAUGUGUAACUUUUGUAUGCUAAAUGGUACAUAUAUUUUUUUUCUUUUUGAGGUUAUUAAUAAGGUAUAAUUAAUUGUGUCUUAACUUUUGAAAAAUUUUUUAAGACUGAGAGAGGCAACUGGGGUGUUCAUGAUAGUUAAGAAAGGUAUCCUUGAUUAUAGUUAAAUUGGUUUGAAUUUCAGAUAUUUAUUAUUGAAGUUACUCAAUAAGUUUUCUCCCACUUUGGAAAAGGCAAUUAAAUAAAAUCCUGGACACUCUACUCUCCUGCUAAAAACAGUGAGCUGAUAUUUGCAAACUAAAAAAAAGAGCCCUUAGAAAUAUGUCAGGCCACACUCUGAACCUUUUCCCCUCUAGUUUUCCCCUUUCUGUUUCAGUUACUGUACUAACAUUUUGGAUGAUACUGAAAUUCUGCAUAAUGUGAACAGGAUAAACUAUUUAUAAACUG